AGAGCAAAGCAUAUCACUUGUCUUCCAUUCUUCUGCUCAUUACUUAUCAAUGGGACAUGUAGGUCUCUCUCUAUAACUGCCAUUCAGCUGCCAGUCACACACACAGUCAUCCCUAAGACUUUGCAAAUGAGUGCUUGCUUUAGUGAUCUGGAGGAAGAAGUGGUAAUUCUACCCACAGUGGGCUCCUUAAUGAUUUAAGGAUGCAUAACAUGAGUGGACACAGCAGUUGUAAAGGAAGACAUACACUUUCUUUGUGGAGGCAAACAGGUCCAAAAAACAAAUUUUUGGGGUUUAGUUUUAUCAGGCGACUGUUCAACAAUCAGAUUUGUUAAGUGUUUUUCAAGUAAGCUUUUGUAUAAUUUCAGAGUCCAAUAUACAGUAUAUGACCUGGAUUGCUUGUCUUCUACAUUUCAUGGGAACACAUUGUACUUUUUGUGCUUUCUGAUGUAAUUAUUGUAGGAGUAUUACAUCAAUAACACAGUUUAGUAGAAAAUAAUUUGUAUUGCAAACACAAAUUAUACCUUAUACGUACCCACCCAAAAUGAUGGGGCCUAAGAGGCAAAUUGGAAUUGUUGUGGACUGUGUUCCAAAUUGACUCUAAGAACACACUCACUGCUUGGUUUCCUGAUACGCUUUAGCAAGGAAGCUGUGGGCUUUACAGCCGACACUGAGUACUGUACAGUUGGUGCUUGAUUAUUCCCUUUUUGGUUUCACAGUGCACACAACAGAUUGGCAUGAGCAAAACAAAAUCAGGCACAAGCAUCUAAUUAAAUUUAAAACGAGGGUCACCUCUGCAGAAACCAGCCGGCCUUCACUUACUCAAGGACCUGGUUUUAAUAAGGACAUUUUCAGUUUCCAGGUCACAAUAGAAAAAACACUGAUUGGUGCAUUCACCAGAAACUUCAGGAUGAUCUGAAAUAGAGAAACAAGCAACGGGAACUGGUUUGUGCUGGUAAGUUUUCUACAAGAAUAAUUGAUGUGAUCCCAGCAGGUCAAUUAAGGAAACAAGGAAACAGGCUCAAAGCUGGCUAAUAAACUCUAGCUCUAAGAAUCAAUAGUAGCUAUAUCAGUAGCGCUAGCAGUAAACUCUUUGCAUGCUGUGGCAGCACUGAUAAAUUAACAUGUGAACUGAAGAUCCACUUAAGGCUUAACCCCAUUUUAAUGUAUGUCUCAGAAGGAUGAAGUAGAGGCACAUUGCAGUUUUUAAGAUUCCAGAGUUAGUUUUCUAUCCAUACUUAAGUCAUUAUAAUAUACUGUGAUGGAUGUUGUGAUCACAGCAAUGUCAUUUUCCCCCUCUAUGCUUUUCUAAGCAGGUUUUUAGUUAUUUUACUCUUAUUCUCCAUGAAAAAAGUUAUGAAAAAGGUUUCACUGCCAUAGACAUGUAAAUAAACCACCAGUAAUUUUUUAUUCUAAGGUGGACCAUGCACUAAAAUUAAUAAAGUUAUCUAAAAAAAGUUAUGUACCUACCAACCUAAGUAAAUGGGCAUUUGUACUUUAUAUGUAAUCUUUCACAAAAAGCACAAAGUUCUACUUUAUAUACAGUAAAUGCUUUGUGCUAGCUUCUGUGUUUACAGGUUUAGUAUUCUUUUUUCCGAGCCCAUAGGCAGUACAUGAAAGCACCGUCAGUCGUUCCCGGCACUUUCGCGCGUUCGGUUACCAUGGAGCUGAGUUUGUUUCCCCUUCCCCGGCUCGGACAGAGUGAGAGGUAGUGCUUUACCAUGAAGUCGGGGGCUCGAGGAAUAAACGUGGAAUAGUUCCAAAUGUUCCGCUUUUCCAGACGAGCUUGGCAUGCGAACAACGACCAGAAGGAGGUUUAAGAUUGUCCAGUGCCGGACAAUGAGCGUCAGAGAAGCAGAGGGCCGCCUGCAGCAGCGUCAGAUCUAUCGCCUGCUGCAGUGCGUCCACGAGGAGGAUAAGGUUCACAUAGAGAAGAUGGUGAACCUUGGGGUGGAAAACCUCCUCAAUCUCACUGAUCCACAGAACGGCACAGGGGCGCUGCAUGUGGCGGUGGCCGCCACCAAUCAGGACCUUGUCAGCUUCCUUCUCUCAAAGGGAGCACAUCCCAACGUCCAGGACAAGAAGGGCCGCACCCCGAUCAUGUUAGCUGCUGAGCUAGGGCAUGACGCCAUUGUGGCACUGCUGGCACAGAACAACGCCAACCUUGGGCUCCAGGACGCGGAGGGCAAAGGUGUGCUCUUCUAUUGUAUCUACCCUACCAAGCGUCACACCCACUGUCUGCAGCUGGCACUGAAGUACGGAGCAGACCCCAACAACGUGUCAGCAGAUCGAACUCACGUCUUUCAACUAAUGUGUGAAAAAGCUCAGCAGUGCACGCCCAUGUGUCUGAUGAUGCUUGAUGCUGGGGCAGACCCCAAUGCAACAAAUCAGGAAACUGGCAUCACAGCAUUGAUGGAGGCAGCCAAGGCAGGGUCUGUGCAGCUUGUGAGAGCCAUUCUCAAGAAAGGAGGAAACCCCAACGCUUUGGACCGAAAACGGUUUACAGCAGUGCACUAUGCUGCUAUUAAGGGCUUUUUUGAGGUAAUUCAGGUACUGUCUGCUUACUCAGCAGACAUGGGCGUGAUCAACCUUGAGGACUGCACACCCCUACAUUAUGCAGCUGCCACCGGCAAUGCUAACUGCUGCAAGUUCCUGGCGCAGAGAGGUUGUAAUCCCAAACUGAAAAAUCAGGAAGGUUUGCUGCCUCGUCAAAUUGCCAGAGAUGCUGGUCACAAAGUAGCAGCCAAGGAGCUGAGAAAAGCUGAGAAGCAACAUGGUAAAAGCAACAUAUCCAGCAGCAUGAGCCUCAUGUCAGAUCUCUGGGCUCUGACUCUCCACGACUGGUCACAUGAGUGUGAGAGUGAAAUACGGCAAGCCCUUGGGAACAAAUUAGAAACAGUUACCACAGAGAUGCUUAUUUCUGUGUUAGAAAUAUUAAAAGCCCCAGUCGAUCCAGACCAGCUUCAAACAGUCAUCGCAGCCCAUGGCGAAGGCAGAGAGGGAUAUGUCAGCGUUAAUGAGUUCAUCAAAGGAGUCCGAUAUGUCAAGAAACCAUUCCUCCUCUCCUCUUAUGUGCCCAAAAAGAAAAAAGAAAAAAGCGGAAAAGGAGGAAAGAAGAAGAAGGGGAAGUUUGUCCUCCCUCUGCCAAUUUGCACUCUCCCACCUGAACACAUGCCCCGGCGACCAGACGGAGGCCCGCCCUCCUUUAUGAUCGAGACAUACUACAACUACUCUGACACCCGUCGAUUCAGUCACCCACCACAGCAUCCAAUAAUGAACGACUCCGGAUGGUACUUGGAGAAACCAGAGAAGGUUUAUGUCAGCAUUAACUACUGUGUAAAAAGGGGAGAUCUGGAAUCGUUGGAUCUGGCUUUUAGUCAGGGCAUUUCCGUGGACGUCCAAGAUCAGUUUUACAAGACUCCGCUGAUGGUGGCCUGCUCCAGUGGCAACUAUGAGGUGGCUCAGUAUCUCAUCAGCCAGGGGGCGGAUGUAAAUGCACGUGACCAGUUCUUCUGGACGCCGCUACACCACGCAGCUCACGCUGGUCAACUAGAUAUUAUUGAACUCCUAGUGGAGGCUGGGGCCGCUAUUGAUACCCAGGCCCUGAGCGGAGGCACGCCUCUCAUGAGGGCCAUCGAGAGCUCUCAACCCUGCUGUGUGAACUUCCUCAUUAAGGCCGGUGCCAAUGUUAAAGCAGAAAACAAAAAAGAACAAAACUGCCUCGACAUUGCCAGAGCCUUUGCAGACGCCAGGAUAAUAGACUUGAUUAAAGACAAAAUGGAGUCUUCAGCUGUGUCCAAGGAGGGAAAAGGUGUGAAAGCUCAAAAACCUAAAUCUGCCAAAGACAAGAGAGACACAGCAGAGAGUUCAGGGCACGCAGAGUCAUUGACUGCAUCUGGAGAGAAGAAUCUUCCAAAGGAUUCAAAGGGCAUCAUACUGCAAAACACCAGGAUCACUACAGGGAGAACUAAUACUGUGGAUAUCAGCUUUGUGCCAAAAUCGGUUUGGGGGAAACCAGCCACCACCAGCCAGUUGAUGUCAAAAAUAGAGAGACGGAAGAAACUUUUAUCUCUUGAAGUGGACCUAGACGACUUCAUGAUGCCUUUCAGCCCCAGCGUCCAGGGCACAUCUACAGAAUAGUCUGGAAGCAGGUUUGGCAGAGGGACCCUGAUGUGAAAUUAUAGUCACUGACGCUGGUAUUACUUUGGAAUUAUCUGUUCUCUUACCACUGCAUUGAUCAACAUUUUAACAUUUUUAUAUAUUUUUAAGUCUAAUGAUUACAUUUUCAUUAUUUCUAAUCAUUGUCAGUAUCAGAACUUGCUGCAAAAACAUGUCGGCAUAUUAUGGAUAUUUGCCAAUGCCAACACCAUUGAGAAAGAAUACCUUUUGCCUAAUUAAAUAAAAAUAUUUUACUCAGCACAUACUAUACAGUAUUAUCACGUUUUCAGCUCUUUUUUGUCUCUUCUGGUCGAAUUUAUAUCCCCAUGGAUUUAUAUAGUGUUUUUGAGUGCACAAGGGCAUACAAAAUGGAAUAUGAUUAUUCAGAAUAACGUUUGCAAUCUGUUGCAAUACUGCACACAAGGCAAUAUAAUACAAUUCUUUAAAUUGAAUUUGAGCAAAACCCUCAUAGUAACAAAAUAUGCCUGAAUUCUGAGUUUCAGGUGCAUACUACAGUAUAUAUUUAUACUGUAUCUGAUACAAAAGAUUGAGAGAUUAUAAAAUCAUAAAUGUUUGGCCUGACUAAUACUGUCUGAUAUAUAAUGCAUUAGCACAAUCACAACUUUCUGUCGGGACCACAGAUCUUUACAGUUGUUUAUUGAAGCAUUUGAUAUAAAUAAAAAUCCAAUAUAUUUUUUUCACGUAGUGUACGUGUCAAGUAAAUAGCAGCAUUUGACAAAAUACUGUCUAAUUAUCCAUAUACCUAAUUAUGCCAUUUAUAUAUCUAUUAUAUUAAUCAGUACAAGAGAAAUAGUUUUUGAGUUAUGAGCUGUAACUAAAUUAAAACAUAUGACUAGAGUUCAGGGGGGAAUAGACAUGAGUGAGGAAGGAAGUUUAAAUCCUCCCCUGACUCUGAAACUGGGUCUGGUGAAAUCUCUAAUAGGAGAGCUGUUGGGGCAGAGACCUUGAUUGUUUGUUUUCAUAAAACCAUGUAUAAUUAAAUACUACACUGGCAUAUACUGCAAUUAAAUCACUCAAUUGUAUUAAAUUCCCCACGUGGUUUCAUUCUCAUCCCAUUACAGUACAUGUCUGCAAGCCAACGUUAUCAGUGGUAAUACAAGUAGGUAAUGGUUUCCCAAAGAGCAGUAGCCUAGAGUCACGGUUUGUGUAAGGAGAGGAAUUCUUUUAAUGGCUGGUAUCAGCAGACUGUUGCUGUCUUCUGCCUGAUGCAGGUCUCAGCUGAAGCCAGUGUGUGGCACUGUUUGGCAGAUUUUACAACACAUGGGGUUCGGUUGUUUAUUAGGCUGGGGGAACAAAAAACUUGGAGGCGGCUCUUGUGUUCCUAGCACAGAAAGGCAUCAAAAUGGCAGCCGUGGGUGAUAACUGCUCCUGUCUUAGCUGCUACGUCUACUUUGAAUUUGUGCAGAGGAGGAAUGCAUAGUUCACUGGGAAAGGAAAGCUGAGGAUGGAGCAGAAGAGGAAGGUGGAGGAAGAGGUUCAUGGACAUGCUGAAGGAGGAAGACCCACAAAACAAUGAGACGGAGAAGAACGAGUUGCUGUGGCAGCUUCUAAACGGGCCAGAACAGAAGAAGACAUUAGUUAUUAAAGAUUCUGUUCAAAUUCCAUAACCACACAAGUAUAGUCUUCUCGUGGACACACCAGUCACACUCACACUCUGGUCUUCCCCUCUGGCUCUCCUCUCCAAAUGGAUUUUUCAUGCAGCGUUAUGAUUAUCAUUAAUUUAGGCGACAGGUUCGUUUCAGAGCAAUUGAAGACACAUUUGUUACUGUGCCAAGCAGAGGAAGGAAGAGAGGAGCGGAGGGGAAGGGUGGGGGUGGGGGUGGGGGGAUACUCUCACGUUACUGCAUCCAAUGAUUCAGUGAGGGCCAACUGGAAACAUAAACCAGACUCCUUUCAUGUUUGUCUCAAUACAAGCCCUCAGUCAUAUUUCAUGCUAUAGCACUUGUCCAACUGUAAAGAGCUUUGGCAUAAACAAUAAGCUUGAUCACAACUACAGUUACAACAGUGACAAUGAUGACUUCCUGGCCCACUGCUUCACAAUUCACGCUCAUUUACAUUGAUUACUUGCUUCUUAAAUAAACCUUUUAAACUUA